CGUCAGCUCAGCUGUCGUCUGUCACCGUGUCAUGUGCUUAGCCAAAACAAAAAUAUAGGUGUAUCUUUGUCAUAUGUUAUUUGUUGUGAAACUGUUGUACUAAUGACUCUGAUGUUCAUUUAUUUUGAUAUAUUAAUUAAACAUUAAUUUAGUGUGUAAACUUGAGUUUUCUUGUAUAGCUGAGUGAAAACGUUGCGUUAAUGUAGAUUAGUGUUCUAGAAAUCACCUUGAAAAAUAGUGUUCUAAAACAUAUUUAUUGAGCUUUAAUUAAGAUUUCACACUGUGAUCAAAUUGACAUAGAUUCUUUAUGUAGGAUUGCUAUUGUGAUUGGAGAAAUGGCACUCCAAAGUUCUGCUAAAGCGAUCAUUCCCAAAGUCUCCUAUUUAUCAUCAAGGGUAAUAAUGAUUUUAGGGUGUAAUCCAGGUGUAAUGACACUUCAAGGAACAAACACUUAUUUAGUUGGAACAGGGAAAAGGAGGAUACUGUUGGACACAGGAGACGCGGAUGUUCCUCAGUACACAGAGCAGUUGCACAAAGUGUUGACAAAAGAAAGCUGUGAUAUUGAGCAGAUUGUCAUCAGUCACUGGCACCAUGAUCAUAUUGGCGGCGUUCCAGAUGUCCUGAAAUUAACAAAACCUGAUUGUAAAGUGUGGAAGUUUCAACAGGCUGAUGACAAAGGCAAUGUAGUUGAAAGUAAGAUUCCCUUUGAAUGUUUAACGGAUGGUCAAAUACUGUCAACUGAGGGUGCUUCUUUAAGAGUGAUUCAUACCCCAGGACAUACGACUGAUCAUGCAGUAUUUACAUUGGAAGAAGAAGAUGUAUUAUUUAGUGCUGAUACAAUACUGGGUGAAGGCACAGCAGUAUUUGAAGACCUGCUCGACUAUAUGAAGUCAUUGCGCAAAAUACAGAAAAUUAAUCCCAAAGUUAUCUAUCCUGGUCAUGGCCCUGUCAUUAAGGAUCCACAGAAAGUAAUCAGUUACUAUUUGUCACAUCGUGAGAGCAGAGAAGAGGAAAUAUUGAAUGUGUUAAUGUCAAACAACGGACCAAUAUGUGCUGCCAAUAUUGUUAAAGUGAUUUACCCAGAUUUGGACAUAAAGCUGUUGCUUGCUGCUGAGAAUAAUGUGAAAAAACAUCUAAUAAAACUUAUGAAAGAAGGGAAGGUAGUAAAGGACAAUGAAAUGUGGAAGGUGAUAUGUUCCAGUAGUUGAGAUUUAAACUAUGUCAGAAUGGUUCAAAGCUGUUGUCUAGUGUAGUUUAUUUUGUUAAGUUUAUUGUAGUUUAUUUUGUUAAGUUUAUUAUCAGAAAGUUUAAUCUGUUGUUAUUCUGUUACCUAAAAUUCAAACAAAAUUAUUGAAGUUCAAAAUAAUACUCUAUGUUAUACUGGAUGUAUAAAAGUCUUAGGUAAUUUUCAUAUUACAUUUACAACUUGUUUUAAGUUGUCUUAAAUGUUAUUGUUGAUAUCAAAAAUGUACAAGUAUGUUUAUAUAUAAAUUAUUAUUAUUAAGUACGGUUUCAACCUGAAUGAAAUGAAUAUAACAUAUUUUUUAUAGUAACAUUUUAAACUUUAAAUUGUAAGUUAAAUAAAUUAAAACAGACUAAAAAUGCUUGGUGUGAACCAAUAUGAUGGCUUUACUACCCAAUAUGACUGACUGAGGUAUCAGAUUAAGAUAAAGAUUAUAUAUGUUCGAUUUGCCAGUUAAAUUUCUUGCAUUUAAAACCAGUUUUCAUUAUAACUGUUAAAAGUGGGCAAAGUUUUAGACAGUUAUAAUUCAAAACUAGUUAGAAAAAAAAAUUUACCACGUAAAUAAAAAAUGGAAAAUUUAUGUCUGUCUUGAUAAACUUUAUAUCUGUCUUACACACAAUUAUUAUAAAAUAAAAGUGUCGUAUUGGUUCUUGCCAAGCCAAACACGUUGAAUUUCUGUCCAGCGGCACCAACGAUUUUGGUAACCUCAAAUGGAAGCUAUUGAAACUACAAGAGUAGAAGGAAAGUAAUUACAUCAAUGAAAACAAAUUACAUUUGUGUUAUUUAAUUUACAUGUUACACUUACAUAGUGCAGGACAUGUAACCUUACAACUAAUCACCUACAUAGUUCAAUACGAUUUUAAAGUGUAUUUUUACUAUUGAAACCAAUUGUUUACAAAAAUCUUUGAUAUUAAUUUAACAGUUUACAAUUCCAUUAACUGUCUAACAAUGUCACUUGGAAUUCACUUGUCGAGAACAUUGCUGAGAAAUUUCCCAACUUCUGUGAUGUGGUGGAGCACAAUCUUGUUGCCAAAUAAAGUUUAUAUUUUUAUAAAAUGAACUGUUGCGUAGCACAAACAAAAUAAUUUCUUGAUGUAGUAACUUCCUUAAAUAUGUAGGUUUUCAACGAACUGACUUUUGUGACACCCAGUAUAUGUAUUACAUUUAUUUUUUCACAGCAAUAUAUUAAUACCAAUGAACUGUGCAAAAUCAUUUCUAAAAAUAAUCGAGUGAAUAUAUAAAGAACACAGCUAUUAAUAUAAUACUAUAGUAGAUUUUCGUGUUCAGCACACAGUAAUAGCAUUGUAGCUUGCCACAGUGAAGUGUGGAGGGUAACAGAUAUUUUAAUAAAAGAAAAAGGCAAACAAACAGAUGGCCAUAUCAACACUACUAUCCACUGGAUAUUGCACAAUGCAGCUGACUUUUUGAAUGGAGGCAGGGAGUGACUGAGUCCAUGUAGUUGCUAGUUGAAUAUGAAGUAGCUUCUCCUUUCACCCUCUCUUAAAAAUCUGUUCGUUAUACGUAGUUUUAAAAAUACAGGUAAUAAGAUUAUGCCAUCACUUCUCUGAAGUGUUCUGUUAUUUCGUUAUUACUGUUUUCAUUUUCCUGUAUACAGUACAAAUUUACUUAUGGAUCUCAUGCCAUUGUUUGUAAACAUAAAUAUUUGGUUUUAUUUGUUUAAUAAGUAGUAUAUGACAUUUUAUUAUAAACACGUUCACGACAACCGCUUAUUUCCAGACUUUUUUAGUUGCCAUUGUAUUUUUCAAUAAUAAUCGAAAAAACCUUAAUUUUUUUGUUAAACCUUUAAGUAUAGUGAGAACAGUAUAUAGGCUUCAAAAUUUUGCACAAAACAAAUGACUUUAAUACAUUUUUCAAUGUUUCUUCCAUGUACCCUAAGGGGUACCUAAAAAAUUAAUUUACUAUAAAAAUUACACAAUCGUGUGCCCGAUGGGGUAUACAAAAUCUGAGGUAUUUUUUUAAGUGCGGGAUCACAUAUAACAAACCACAUAGACAGGCAAACAAUACAAAAUACAUAGCAACAUGUACACCAUCGGGCACACAACGCACUUUACGUAAAGCACGGUAUGACCCGAUGGUGUACACAAUGACAGUUGUGAAAUAUCGCGUGUACCAGAUGGGGUACUAAUUUAUAAAUUUAUUACUAUUUUUAUUGGAAUAUAAAAAACUGUUUUCUAACCUAUUCAUAAUUAUUAAAAUCAAUGAAUAUUAUACAGUAUUUAUUUAAAUAUUUUAGUACGAAUUUUAAGUAAAUUAUUUGAGCAUUGGAAUGAGACAAUACAGCCGCAUAGUUUACGGUUUGUUAAAAAAGAUCUACUUUUUGUUUGCCUUUGCAAAUCAAUUAAAAUUUAAGGUAUGUGUAAAAUCAAAUUACGUUUUGAAGAUUAGAUGAAAAAAUCAAUAUGUUUUUAACGAUGUUUAUAGUUUUAUACUGUGCUAUAUUAUAGUGAAAUGUAAGCUAAAAAAUAUUAUUGAGCGAGUUGGGAGUUGUAUAAAGAUAAGUAGGUGCUUGUGAAAGGGCGAUAGCCUAUUUGCAAAUAUGAGUCAAGUCUCAAUUUUGGUUGAAUAAAAUUUUGAUGUAGAAAGCGAGUGCCCACUAAUGUAAAAUUACAACAUGCGAGUAUGCUGUCACAAUGUGAGAUGGAGGGAAGGUGUACAGACCUGAACAGGAGCCUCAGCUGACUGGCCAUUUCCACACCAGUGACACAAAACUUUAUUACAUGAAUGAACAUAAAUUCAUAAAAUGGUAAAACCCCAAGCGAUACACUUUAAGUCAGUAAAAAACAAAAACAUUGUAAUUAAUAAAAGAUUUUGUUGGGGAAAUCUAAGUUACACUUCUCUUUCAAUAAUAAAAAUGUAUUUUUUAUUGAUUCUGUCUUAAAAAAAGAUGUUUAAAAAUUUUACAAAAUAUUCCAUCAAUAACCAAUUGUACCACUUUUUGUCCAUAAAUAUUUAUAAAUACUUAAAAUUGUAUUUUUUAUUGCCAGAACUACUAUGAAACUAUAGGGCUUUCAGGAAGUAUGAUAUAACAUCUUUUGUGGAUAUUUUUAUUGAAAAAAAGGGUUUGAAAGAGUUGACAACAUUUUGGUUGAAAGGCCUGCCAAUAGAUUUUCAAAUGGGGGCAAUCUCUGUAACCUUCUUGUGUAUUUCUGGUUACUUUUGUACAAUUCUUGCCUACGCACUAGUAUACAUUCAGCUAUGACAACUAGAGUGAAGGGCACUCUCAAGGGUGGUGAGUAUGCUACUGGGUACACUCGCCAAUCUGCGAGUGUGCUCUCCGUGUGCGAGUAGGCUCUCAAACUUUAUUCGACUACAAACUGGAGUAGGCACUUGUAAAUACAGUAUCAAAACUCACAACAUGAGAGCCCACUCAUUGUUUGAGAGCAGUCAGUGCGUUUUAUUCAACUGAACCUGAGAGGACACUCGCAAAAUAUGAGAAUUGAAAGAGUACUCAUCUUUAUUCAACUUACCCAAUGACCCCAAUAAUACACAACUAUCAGAUUAUGUAUUUAUAUUAGUUACUAAUAUUUUUUGUGACCUAUUUAAGUUACAUAAAUACAAAAUAUAUUGAUUAUUUUUGCAAAACUGUUGCUAUAAAAUGUUGUAGAUUUAUUAAUAUGAUAGUUCAAAAAUUUGGAUAUAAUUAUGAGACUGCAAGGUAAUGACGUAACUUUAUAUUUCUAGCUCUUGUUCAUGAUUUCAAUAAAAAUUAUUACAUAAUAAAAA